AUAUCUAAGCAAAGUGCAUGCAUCUACCACAACAUUUUUUCUCUGAUUACCUUCUCUUUUCUUCUAUCAUUCUAGAGUUUAAACAAUUGAAUAGAAUUGUCUAACCAUGUGUAUUGCUGCUUUCAUUUGGCAAGCUCAUCCACUCUACCCUCUUCUGCUUUUACAAAACAGAGAUGAAUACCACAACAGGCCUACGAAGGCACUUGCAUGGUGGGAUGUUGAUGGUUGUGAGAUAUUAGGAGGAAGAGAUGAAGUAGCAGGAGGGACAUGGUUGGCUUGUUCAAGACAAGGCAGAGUUGCUUUUCUCACCAAUGUCUUGGAGCUUCAUCCCCGUCCCGACGCCAAGACCCGCGGUGAUCUUCCACUUCUUUUCCUGGAGAGCACAAAGAGCCCCAUGGAAUUUGCGGAGCAACUGGCCACCGAUGCUCAUCAGUACAAUGGAUUUAACCUCAUAGUGGCUGAUAUUCCUUCCAAAUCAAUGGUUUACAUCUCGAACAGGCCAAAGGGGGAACCCAUUAACAUUCAACAGGUUUCUCCGGGGCUUCAUGUUCUUUCAAAUGCCAAGCUUGACUCUCCCUGGCAUAAGGCUCAGCGGCUAGGUAAAGGCUUCAAACAGAUGCUCAAUAGAUACGGUAAAAAUGAAGUAAACGUGAAAGAAAUGGUUGAGAAACUUAUGAAAGAUAAAGUGAAAGCUGAUAAAAGUAAGUUACCUGGCAUAUGUGCUCUCGACAUGGAGUUCAACCUUAGCUCCAUAUUUGUUGAAAUGGACACCCCACUGGGGCUUUAUGGAACAAGGAGUACUGCAGCAAUGACCGUAGGUGCUGGUGGGGAAGUUAGCUUUUAUGACAAGUAUCUAGAAAAGGGUGUGUGGUUUGAGAGAACCGUCAAUUAUCAUAUCCAGAAGCUCAAGUAGAUUGAAUCCAUGUCACAGCAAGGGAUUUUACUACUCAAGUUAUUUAUGGAUUUGCGAAUGUUAUAAGCAUUUUAAGUUUAUACUAAUUGUACCAAAGGAGUGAUGUAUGAUGUAUCCCGGUCUGCCUAAUAAUGCAAAAUCCAAUAAAACAAUGGAAGAAAAAUAAGAAAUGUAACAUUUUGCAGGGUA